AUGUCGUUGACCUCAUUGUCAUCGCUUUCAAAAUGCCCGUAUGCGCACCCGUCGUGUUCAAGACUCAGGUGCAUGUUGCCCGCCAUGCCCUCGAACGAUUUACAGUCUGAUGUAGAUCUGAGUGGUUCCUCGGUGGGCUCCUUAUGCCAGCCGUCGCCGUGGACAACAACGACGUCGUCGUCGCCAUCAGAUGUUUCUAGCGAAGCAGGGCACGUGGCACCAUGGGUAGUCAACAACGUGUCCACAGCGCGCUCCGAUACGAGGAUCGCCGCUCAGCGCAAACUGCCUGGCAAACUCGUGGUAUUCACUGUGCGAGGUGUUGUGCUUGGCCUUGCCGUGCUUCCGCUCUCUGCCCCGAUAGCCGUUAUGGGUUAUGGGUGGCACGGGUAUGCAGAUUUCUCUGGUCUUCAGGACUUGGAUGGUGCGAACACGUGCAGUGCAACCGUCGGUGGUUCAUAUCUUCUCCGAGGCAAUCCGCACUGGGUCGCCCUGGGGAACACGUACAAAUUCAGGAUGGCGACCGUGGCGAUCUCGGCGUUUUCUGUGGCCGUGAUCGCAUGCUUCGCCGUGCGCGGUGUGCGGAACCGGACUCCUCUCAUCACGCACGUGCAGUGCUGGCUUCUGCUGAACUGGCUGCAGGGGGUCGCCUUGUGCUUCGAGCGCGGCUGUAAAUGGUGCGUCGACUCGGACGACGCCAGCAUAGAGAGAUACUGCAGCCCGCUGUGGCAGGGACGCUCGAUGCUGACAGCCAGCGUGUACGCAUACCUGACAUUCCUGAUCAGGAUGAGGCACAUGGCGGUGCAGAGCGCGUUCCCAGAGAAGAGGCACGUGAAGGACACCAUAUUGGACAUCUUCCGGUUACAGGUGCUGAUCGUUCUGGUGUGCUUGUGCGUUUCUGUCGCGCGCGAGGCUUGGAGCCCAGGCAGUCAGGAUUUGGCGACCAUGACAGUUGUGUGCGUCAUGGUGAAUUUUGUAUUGACUGCUGUAAGCAUGUUCUUUUCGCUACAUUUGUUCAUUGGCCACCUUCGGGUAGCUGAGGACAUCGUGAAGGUGUCUUCUGGACGGCGACGAAUGGAAGCCAAGUGCGUCGUGAGUUCCGUGCAGAGACAAGUCAUUGCGCACGCACUGGCGUUCGCGUUUGACAUCGCAGCUGUCAUCCCAGCGUCUCUGGCCGCGCUGGAGUGGUCGUGGUUCCCUGGCCGCGAAACGCCGACCUUCGUGAUGUUUCAGGAGCUCUUUCUCGGUGCAGAUCUGAUCGCCAACUCCUGCCUGGUCCUCAGCUACUGGGGGCUCGUGCCCAGGCCAGCCAUUCGGGGCCGAAGGGCCAGCCGCCAGACGCACCUGAAUCAGGAGCCGCGGCUGCCGCAGCGCUCCGAUUCCGAGUGGGACCGCAAGGUUGGGGAGUUGGCCAACAGGGGAAUCACUCUCAGGGCGCUCUUGCAUUUUUACAUGGACCUGGGGGUGAGGAACAUGCCGCACUUUGAUCCCGAUGCCCACUCAACGGAAGACGUGGCCCGCCAGGCCAUCAUUCCCCUCACCGCUGCCGAUCCGACAUUCGGGCCGUGCGCGCUGGCCACGAAGCUCAUGGAAGGGCGGCCCACAUUGGCGCAGCGUAUGGUCACGCACACGUGGCGCAACAAGUUCGCAGACCUCAUAGCCGCCAUCGUGGCAGACGCACUGGAUCAGACCACGUAUGAGGCAAUUCUGCCCAGAUUGAAGCCGCAUCUGAUAGGAUGCUUAGUCGAAGAGCUGGAGACGGGCGGCCGGCUAGAGAUAACGUACUGGGUGUGCGUGGCAAGUGUGAACCAGCACGCGUCGAUCUGCGCUCACGUGCCACGGGUGCCACAGGAGAGCACCGGUGGUGUGCUUAUUCCAGGGCACCCAGUCUGCACCUGCAGCCAUCCCAAGUGGCUCAAUGAUUCGUCGCCUCGCAAUUGCGAUGGUGAAAGUAUACUCUGCGAGAUGAACAAGUUCGACGCCAUGAUGAUCCUUCUCGCCGAAGGCAACCAUGAUUUUAGGCAGGUGAUCGCGUGCGACUGCGAGUUCCAGGUGUUCACGAGAAGUUGGUGCAUCGCGGAGAUCUACAUGGCGCACGAGCACUGCAUGAAGGCCUCCCUCAUCGUGCACUCUGCCAGAAUGAUGGCACGCCAUCGUGAUGUGGUAGAGCAACUCGAUGUGCGAAAUAUGUCGGCCUCUCGACCCGAGGAUAAGGCAGCUAUCAUGCGAAACAUUGCUGAUCCUAUUGCAUUCAAUGAAACAGUGAAAUGGAUUUUGUUUGACGAAGACAAGGGCCUAUUCAAGGGCCAAGGAACAUUGCACACCGCGGCAUUGCUGGGGCGCAUCUCUAGCACGCGUUACAGGGCCGCGGAGACUACUGUAGGCGAAGAGCUGGGGGAUUCUGCGGACACGAAACGCCCAGUCUUUCUUGCAGUCUGA